CCCACCCUUUCUCUUUUCCACUACCGUAUCCUGACCGACUUAUACAACCCACACCCUCGCACGAAGAAAUUAUAGAAAAAGAGCCAAUGUAUCCUUCUUGCAGGAAUUAGCUAAGACAGCCUCUUGCGCACCUUUCUCUCGUUACCUGCGCCUCAGGCCCGUCGCACACGGACAUACCUACGUAUUUAUUCUACCCGUCCGGACAUCGCGGUACCUAUUGUCUGUACUGAAUGGUGGCGAUCUCUCGGAAGCUUGGGUGACGGGAGGAUACGGGCGUAAACCUUCACAGCAUCUUACCAACCCUUAAUCCAUUCCAAUACCGCGAGCAUCACGUCGUUCGCUUUCGCCAACUUAAUACUUCAUUUCCGCAAACCCUCCGACGGUCUGGACCGGUAGUAGGAUUAUACACACAACGCGUUCACGAUGAGUAGUGAUCCCGCAAAUACGAAACCUAAUCCCCCCGAGCGAUCGGAUUCCUCGUCUUCAUCUUCUGCAGAAACCCAAGGGAUUCACAGUCCCGUCCCUAUUCGACCGCGCUUGCCUAACCGCAAGAGCAGCGGCACUCUCAUAGUUCCUCGAGAUUCCUCUCAAGUUGGCCCGCUAGAGCCAGAGCUCGAGCCGGACGAUGUCAGGGCGAUGAGCCCGCGAAGAACGAGCGAGGAUAUCGAGGUUAUGGGACGCGAGGCUCGGGAAGAGCUUCAUAAGCAUGCGAGGGCGCUGCAGGAUUCUCUCUUGAUGAUCUUCAACCGAAUAGAGGCGGUCAAGGAAGAACACGACAAGCUUGACAGCCAUAACAAGUUUUUGCAGAAAUACAUUGGCGAUCUAAUGAGUACGAGCAAAAUCACAUCUACCAACCGAGGCAGGAAGUAGGCCGUUGCCGUGAGGUUGCAAUGGAGAGGAGGGAGGUUGGACAAACAACGGCCGCCGUGUUGCGACAGCGGCGCCUAUGAUACCCAUACCGAUUUGGCGACUUUAGAUCGCUACUGGCGCCGAGAUUCGAACUCACCGGACUUGCCGGAUUAUACUAUACAUUUACUAACCAGAUUCGCUCGGUGGCCGCUCGUCGCUUCUGG